CCAGCGGCUUGAGGCCCCCCGCUUUAAAGCCGCCGCGAGAGAGCGCGGGGGCAGGAUGGCGCACCAACUGGUGGUUCUCAACGUCUACGACAUGUACUGGAUGAAUGAAUACACCUCCUCUCUUGGAAUUGGAGUAUUCCAUUCAGGAAUAGAAAUAUAUGGCAGAGAAUUUGCUUAUGGUGGUCAUCCAUACCCUUUUUCUGGAAUAUUUGAAAUUUCUCCAGGAAAUGCAUCUGAAUUGGGAGAAACAUUUAAAUUUAAAGAAGCUGUUGUUCUAGGAAGUACUGACUUUAUGGAAGAGGAUAUAGAAAGAAUUAUAGAAGAACUUGGGAAAGAAUUUAAAGGAAAUGCUUAUCACUUAAUGCACAAAAAUUGCAAUCACUUUUCUUCAGCUUUGUCAGAGAUUCUCUGUGGAAAAGAAAUUCCUCGUUGGGUGAAUCGCCUUGCCUAUUUCAGUUCCUGUAUCCCCUUUCUCCAAAGUUGCCUACCAAAAGAAUGGCUUACACCUGCAGCCCUUCAGUCUAGUGUAAGUCAAGAGCUUCAGGAAGAACUGGAAGAAGCAGAAGAUGCUGCAGCAUAAACUUCCCUGCCAAGUUCAGCAUCGGGGGCAAGAACUGGACAUCAUGCUAAAAUAUAGGUGUAAUCCAAAGUAUUGUUACAUUGAUGUCUUUGGAAGUUGUAUUAGUAACUGACUUCAUUACAGAACUUCAGAGUAUAGACAUCUGAAUAUGUCUUUGGUAUGCAAUUGGUUCUCCAGCUCAAGCCUAUGGUGUUCUGCUCAGGAUUUUAUAUGUAGUGGAAAAGGUUUCUGGGAGAAAUGAGAAGAAGUAGAGUUGUUAUCUUUAUUUUCAUCUAAUCAAUAGAUUUGGACUAACUGAGCAGAAGUUAAAACUUUGUUUACAGUAUUGUGUGCUGCUGUUUACAAGUUCUACAAGGGACACCUGCCAUUGAAAGACAAAAUAUUAAUCUGCUCAAUUAGGUCUGCAUAACUUCAUUACCAUCAGUCAAAGUGUACUCAUGGUCUGCUCUGCUUGAUGCCAUCUUGGAAUUAGGAAGGUUAAAAUAUUUCAUUUCCAACUGUUGCUGAUAAUGACACAGGGGAUUUAUAAAUACUACGUGUAAACAGGGUACAUAAUGAUCAAUACAAAGAAAUCUGUCCUAGGAAGCAAGUGCAUUAUCCUAGUAUAUAACUGAGAAUAUCUGUUCCUAAAAAUGUGACUUCUGAGUUUUUAUCCAUUUACAGAGCAAAUUAAUAUUUUAUUACAAAUCCAAGUUUUUUCUCUCUGGUGUCAGAUUUCAACUUUUGUUUGCCCUUGUUUUUAACUGACUUGGAUAUGUGAAAAGUCAUUUUGGACACUGACAGGUUUGUUUUUACUACGAUGAAAUAACAGUGCCUGUUUCACAUCACAUAUCUUUUGAAACCUGGAACUGUAGGAUGAAUGCCUAUACCAAUAGACAACAUUAUUUAGACUGAGGAUGUCUGUUAGCUCAUGGUUGAACUCCCUUUGGCCAUGUGAAUUCUGCAGCCAGUUCAAUCAGAUGUAUACUACUGAUCAGUAGAAGAAUCUUAGUAGAAACAUGGCAAAAUAGGAACUAUGCUGUGAUUAAUUUGCUCACCAGUCAGAAUCAACUACAAGAAAUGCAAAGGCAUUCUCCAACUCAUUGUGGUCUCAGCAGAGCCAAAGAGUGUAAGUUACCUAGAUAUCUUUUGGUGCCACUAUUUUCUUAAUUAUGUUAGCCUAAUAGCAAUAUCUAUCUGUGAACUAUAAAAGAUCAAUUGCAGUUAUCAAGGGACCAGUGGAAUUCCAUCUAUUUAGUGUCCUCCCCCUAUUGCUAGCACAUCUCAUUGGGGGAAGAGGGAUUCAGUAGUAAUGGAGAAUUGGAAUUCGGUUAAAUUUUUUAUUAUAUAUGCCUUAAAGAUCUUGCAAUUGAAUGGAAAGAGGCCAGUUAGAAAUUAAGUAUAAACUGAGGUCUUACAGAGUUCUGCAUUGGUGAAGAAAAUAUAAAUAACUGUUGCAUAUGUUAUUUAUAUUGCUAGGUUUGCUGACUACAAUUGUCAGAUUAGAAUACACACAGUCAGCUAAAUUGUCAAUUAUUUUAGUGCACUUAUUGGAGAAGUCUCAAGAAUGGUUAGUUGUUUUUUUCAUAAAUCAAAAUUUUGCUUUGGCAUGCUGUUUUGCAAAUGUAAACCCACUGAAGACAGAGAAAUACUAUUGUUUUCAGUGAGAAAGGCAUUUAUUGUUUUUCUAAUCAAUUCGGUUUUUACUUACAUUUUAUGCUCUUCUUUGUGGGAAGCUUCUUUGCAAACACUACUCAGGUAUGUAACAAUUGUAACAUCAUCUGUUAAAAGUCAAUAAUAAUUCUCCAAAAUGUGAAUUAUUGAGUGUUCAAUGUUUUAGCCAGUCUAUUUAGCAAGAAAUUAAAAUGUGUUAACGGUGCCAUUAUGGUUGUAAUUUAACUGUUUUUAUUUUGUAGUCAGCAUAACCUAUUUUACCUGCAAGUUCCAAAAGAUACCCAAUGUUAGCCCUACUCUCUUUGUUCAUUAACUGACUCUGAAUUGGGAUCCCAAGAAUUGUACCCUUUUCUACUGAUGAUUGCUGAAUCAUACAAAUAAGGCAUUUCCCAGUAGAAUGGAAAGAGGUGGCUUCUUUGCACUACAGUUGAAGUGGAAAUGGGAUUUUCUAGGUUGAGUCUGAAGCGGUUGAUGAAGUUCAGAUGCUUGUAAGGUUAAGCUCUGAUCCUGAGCCUCUGUGGGCAGAUAUACACACAGCAUUCUUUGAUAAGAAAACUUCCUCACUGAUUUUGGUGGAAGGGGCAGCUUGGUACAUGUAUUUCUUGCUACGUAUGUUUAUCACCUUUGCUGAAGUGAAUGAAGAACCAGCUUUUUUGGGUGCUCCAUGGAGCUGUUGCAUCUACACAGAAUUGCUAGACUAGGGUGAUUCUAUAGUUUGUCGUAAUUGUUUGGAGAAACAUUAGCAACUUGCUUGAACACCAUCAAAUUUCUGUUAAACAAUUGGCUUUGUUCAGGUAAUAGUCACAUGUGACUUAGUAAUAUAGUAAUAUGUGACUUUUUUACUCUCAUCAUACACAGAAAGUCUGUAAACAAUGCAAGGACAUAAAUGGCACAGUAAGUAAAAGCAUUUUAAAAAAUAACUUAGGACACAAUCCCAUGCAUGUUUAGACUGAAAAAGUCCUGCAAAUCCCAGCAUUCCCCAGCCAACACUGCUGGCUGGAGAAUGCUGGGAGUUGUAGGUCUUUUUUUUCUGUCUAAACAUGCAUAGAUUGUGCUCCUCGUAGUUGUUUAUCCUAGUUUGAUUGGAAUUUUCCAUUCAGUCAUUUCAGUACUGACUAUAUCCCCAUGAACAAACAUAGUAUCUGAACCCUGAAAUUGAUAUGACAUCUUGAGAAGUAAUGGUAGUUUUAUAUCUUACCACAUGUGCUAUACUCGGUCUCCACUUGAGUCCUUAAAACAAACAACCCUGCCAAAGUCUGCUAUCACAGCAAUAGUUUAAGUUGCCUUUUCACCAGCAUUACUACUCAGCACGGAGUACAAUGUCUGCCAGUGGCCAUAGUACACAUUAAAACCAGAAUACUGUUCUCAACUUGGUGAAUACGGGGCAUCUGUGGAGUUUUUCCAACCUAAAACGGGUAGAAGAAAUAUAUUCAGGGUUCUCUGAUCUGUCCAAUUUGUAAUACUUGAUUGUUUUUCUUUUAAGAUAGAUUACUGUACUUUGGUGCUUUGUUUUAUUAAACACAUUUUGAGAUGUCAUACAUAUUCAGGAACCCAAAAACAAAUGUUAUGUAUUGCUGGUUUACAACAUAAACAGGUUUCAUUAUAAGAGUGCAGUGGGUUUCCUCUUGAAAACAUGCAGUACAAUGUUAAUCACAACUGUUGAGGAACUUGCUUUUAGGUGGUUAAGGACUGAAUUUUCACUGACACACUUUUUGUAAGCUACAAAUAAGUUUACUGUAAAACAUGGUAUUUGUACAAAAAAGCAAGAUAAUUUUGACUUUUGUUACUUUAACAUGUCAAACUUGAAUCCAUCCAUUUAUUAAAGAGAAUUUUUAUAGAACAAA